AGUCACCCCAAGGGGUACGGCUCAACUCUCGGCUCGACGACGACUGACAAUCAGUUGGUGUGUGCUCGUACUGAAGAUUGAACGGUAGUUGACGCGAGUGCUUCACCCAGUUAGAACCACCCUGUCUAGGUCGCUCUGUUGCUGACAACGCUGACUUGAGGGGCCUUCAUCUGCACCCUGCACCAGCUGCAGCCUCCAUGGUGACCUCCUGAACGCAGCUGACAGACGACCGAGCGCGCUGCGAGGCUGAUUUUCGCGCAGGUGACAACAGCUCACAUCCUGCGACCGGAUGUUACCCAACUCCGUGACGUGACGGCGUAUGGCUGAAGAGGAGCUACGAGAACUGGCUGAAAUCAACUUGUCGCAUCAGUAUGGAGGAGGAAGAUGGGGUAGUGGUGGUGGAGGCCCAGAGGGGGGAGGAGCAUGGGGGAGGAGUCCCGGGGGCGGGGGGUCGCUGUCUCACCACCGGGCACAACCGCUGCCUGGGGGCCAUGGGGGCGCGCACCAGAGAGCGGCGGAGGCCGAGGACAUUGUGGGGGGCCGGGGGCCGGCGGGGUUCGGGGGCGGUGGGCCGCGCGGGACCGGAGGCGGCAGGCCAGGCCUCUACUACUCGCCACCGGGCACCUCCUACACGAUAGUAGAGCGUCCCCCGGCGCCCAGGGGCACCUACCUGGGCCCUAGUCCGGCCUCCGCCUCCUCGGCCUCCCCCCUUGCCGCCGCCCCCUCCUCAACCGCAGUACAGCGACCCGCCACAGGUAAGAAGCGACCCAUCUCCCCCGAGCAGGUACUCAAGAUGCUCGGAGGCCAUCUGCCCCCCUCUGACGACGACGUCAAGCCUCCACCGCGACGCCCCUCGCCCGGCCCCCGCGUCGACCCCCGCACCCUUCCAGUGCGUACUGUCAGCAUGUCACGUGGCGCCGACCCCAACCACGGGUUCGGCAUCUGCGUCAAAGGUGGCAGCAAGGACCAAGAUUCAGAAACAGAAGGUGUCGGGGUGUAUAUAUCACGGGUGGAGGAGGGCAGUGUGGCGGAGCGGGUGGGUCUCAGGCCGGGAGACUCCAUCCUCGAGGUCAACGGGACACCCUUCACUAGCAUAUCGCACGAGGAUGCUCUCAAGGAAUUCGAGGCUGGUUUUACACGAGCGACCGAUGCGCCGCGGGCGGGAAAGCAGCGAACUACGCCAAGUGACGAGGAAAUUACAAAGAUGCUCAAGUCGUGCAGACAACUGAGUAUGACGGUGAGAAGCGCCCACCCUCCAGCUAGCCCACCCCCGGGGGCAGGGGGGGCAGCAGCCGCAGCGGUGAACGCAGGUCAGUGGCUGGUGCGGCAGACCUACUCCUGGAUGGACCGCCAGGGGCGCCCCGUUUCGCCGCCUCCAGAGUACGCCCAAGCUUCGCCGCCGCCUCCGCCCCUUACACUCAACCCCCACACCACACCCCCACGCUGGAACAACUACCCUCCACGAACCAGCAAAGAAAAGUUCAUUAGAAAAGUAGAUUUAAGCAUAGAACCCGGCCAAAGUCUUGGACUGAUGAUCCGCGGCGGAAUCGAAUACAAUUUAGGCAUUUUUAUAACUGGAGUAGACAAGGAUUCCGUCGCCGACCGAGCGGGUCUUUUGAUCGGAGAUCAGAUCCUUGAGGUGAACGGCCAGUCGUUUAUGGACGUCUCGCACGACGAGGCUGUCAACCAGCUGAAGCUCCACAAACGGAUGACGGUGAUCGUGAGGGAUGUCGGAAAGGUGCCUAACUCUUGCACUGCAUACGACCAGGAUCCCUGGGAUGCUACGCAAGGGAGCAGUAGAGUGGGUAGAUCAGCGGCGCUGCAAAUGGUGGACGAGAAGGCCCGCUGCGUGCUGACCAAGGCCGAGUUCGCCAAGCUGUCCUACUACCUGGACGAGUACUCGGCCCGCCAAAUGGCCAUCGACGCAUUUGUCGCCGUCCUACUCGAACUGCUCAACACACCCGACAAGUACACUCUGUUGACGGAGCUACGAGAAGUGGUGGCUCCUGAGGAUAGGGCGCAUUUCGACGAGCUUGUCUACAGACGCGAGUCAGAAGGCCAGCGACUGCAGCAUUUACUAGAUCCUCGUCACGUCACUAGGAGAAAAGGAGGUGGCAAUCCAAUUUCCUGUUGUGAUAACAAUCAUGCGACCCUCAUGUCCAGCCUUCAUGACCUUCCAGGAGCGCCUGAGCAUUUCUCAACGUCGAGGCCAUGCAAGUUUCCGCCGUCGGCCACAGGGGAGGCCUGCACUGAGCCGGAGGACUUCCGGACGCCCAGCGAAGACUCUGGACUUGGUCUAGGACCUGAAAUACCACUCGGUCGAAGUUAUGGUAGAGGUGAGUCUCCGCGCUGGUACGCCAACUCCCUACCUAAGCGAAACGACCUUGCUUUGUCGGGGGAUGAGGAGUUCCACAAGAUGUUUCCAGGAUGGGAGUCCAGAGUGGAUGGCGGUUUUGAUUACGGGGGUGACAUGGACCUCACCCACCGCAGGCACUCCAGUGUGUCUCAGCUCAAUCAAUCUUCCUAUGACGAGGCCAAUAUGCGAGACGGAUAUAAGUGUGGAUACUUCGAGGGACUGAGAUCCCAUUUGGGAGGUUGGACGCAGAAAGUCAAGUCUUGGUACUGGGGGAACCCUCUUGUAAGUUAGAGCGUUUAACAUGCCUCUCCACGUUCCUCAUCCGAACAACCAAUGCCAAUGCAAGCAGCUCAUUCUCCAACUGUUUACUUACUUACAACUGAAGAAAACUGUGCCCUGUGCCUCGGCGCUUGCAGCGAAAACUGUAGCCACAAAAGUAAAGAACAGCUCGAAAAAAGCUAACGCAAGCAACUCUAAAACGUCCUUAGUUUGUAUAUUUUCUACAAAAUGAAGUUCAUAAAUGGAUAAAUCUAUAUUCCUUUUGUUCUGAUUCUAACUUGGAAGUUUUUGGAUGGGGAAUAUUUUGUUUUUAAAAGCUCUCUAGAAUGAAUUAAAAACGCCCUCAGUUUGUACAUUUUUACCAAAAUGAAGUUCAUAAAUGGAUGAAUCUAUUCCUUUUGUUCUUAUUCUAACUUGAAAGAUAUGGAAGUUUUUGGACAGGGAAUAUUUUGUUUCUAAAAGCUCUCUAGAAUGAAUUAAAAACGCCCUUGGUUUGUAUAUUUUUACCAUUAAUGAAGUU